GGCAGCCACAGGGACCGCAUGGGUCAGUUCACGUGGGGCGGCUGUUCAGACAACAUCCGCCACGGCACUGCCUUUGCUCGACGCUUCAUCGACGCCCAUGAGAGGCGGCAGCGAGACGCCCGCGCCCUCAUGAACUUGCACAACAAUCGGGCGGGACGUAAGGCCGUCAGGAAACAAAUGCGACUCGAAUGCAAGUGUCACGGCGUCUCUGGGGCGUGCACCGUCCGCACUUGCUGGCAGACCGUGGCGUCGUUCGGAGCCACGGCGCGAUGGCUCAAGAGGAAGUACGACGGAGCCACCGAGGUCAGCAUGAGGCCCGACGGCGCUGGCCUCAUCCCGCGACACGGGGACCACAAGGCACCGAGGAAGACCGACCUGGUGUACCUGGAGCCUUCGCCGGACUACUGCGGGGAGGACUCGUCGUCAGGAUUCGCGGGCACGGGCGGCCGCCAGUGCAACCGCACCUCCCAGGGCACGGACGGGUGCGACCUGCUGUGCUGCGGCCGAGGAUACGACACCCAGCGGAGACUGAUCACCUCGAAGUGCGAGUGCAAGUUCCAGUGGUGCUGCUUCGUGGCCUGCAAGACCUGCGAGACGUGGCGGGACCUGCACUUCUGCAAGCCCAAGCAGGACCCGCUGCCCCUCCACUGACAUGCGAUGAUCCUGCGCGUCCUGCUGCUCCUUUUUUCCCCUCCGUGAGAGCAGUUGUUAGCGUGUCAGAAGUGAUAACACGAGAAGUGAAAUGUAGUGAUUAGUGACCACGCGGCAGAGUCCAGACCGGAGGUAAACAUGACAGAGGGGUUGCCACGUGGCUCCAGGCGGGUCCUGGGCGCGGCCUCCGACUCUCCAUCGUGGAAGACGCUCUCGACACGUGACCAGCGCGAAGAGGCGGUCACCCGGCGUCCCAAGUGCUCCUUUCGUAACACCUGUGCUACAACAUGUGUGCUUCGUAUGUUCUUGAACACUAAGGCUCCCCACAGCACUUAAUGAACCCAGAAGUCGCGCAUGUUCUUACAGACGUAAAUCAGUGAAACAGCUUGAGUUAUAGUGACAGCCCCUCUCAGUAGAUGCGCCCAGCUAGAAUUGACUGAGGUUAUAAAUUCACAUGCACAAACUGGACAAUGAGAGGACCUGCAUGGGGCGUUGUAGCGAGGUGUGGCGCUGGUGACUAGGCUGAGUGGGUGAAGUAAUUACAAAGCUCAGGUAGUAAGGUAUGACGCAGCUGCCCUCAGGCGCUGCAUCUCGCACAAUAUACAAGAAAAUCUGCAGCCGCGUCUGUUUGUGCGUGGAUUGGUUUGUGUUACGUGUGGGUGUGCGUGAGUGUUUGUGUGUGGAUUUUUUGUGAACAUGCCCAUUUUUGGGUCUGUGUAUGCAUGUGUGUGUAUACCACUGCGUAUGUGUACACGUGUUUUUUUGUGGACACGCUUCGCUACACACAUCGCUAUACACGGAUACACACAGACGUAUAGAACUGCGAUGUCUGGAAAUACCACGCUGUCAACACCACCGCGUGCGCACACCGGUGGAACCGUCGCUCGCCGGAACAUACCUGGUGUAGACUACUGCGAUACGUAAACCUAGUGAGAUUAUGUAGUUGGUAAACCCCCGAAUAUUAGGCAUAUGUUUUUUCUUCAAUUAAGCUUGCAUGUGGAUGUGAUCCCUUACUGGAAAACCUGCUUCAGGCAUCUUGGCAUGCUGGCCAUGACCUGGGGGAUCUGGCGGCUCGUCGCAGUUGUGUUAUGGAAGACUCUUAGGUGUAAAUGAUGUGUUUAAAAUAUGUAAAUAAAUGUGUUUACAGGCUGUCACUUGGUAGAGAAGUGCGUUGGCUUAAAUAUUCGCUCCCAGUGUAGACGUAGUGUAGUUGGAGAACACCUGUUAUUCAGAAAAUAAUGUAGUACUUACAGUGAAUUGAUAUGUUAAUGUUGGCAGUCAUGAUACAAACAACUUUCUUACCCAGUACUCUCAAACAGUGAACAGGACAGAAUCAAUUUUUCUUCGAAACUCAAACAUCAGUCGUAGUCUGACUGUUUUAACAAGCACCCGAAAAACAAUCUGAAUAUUAAAAGGUUAUGAAUAUACACUUCCCAGUUCAUCUACGAAAAGUGAUAGCUAACGCAUGUCCUUAUAUUUCUGUAAGAUUUUUUUUUUCUUUUUGUGUCGACGGCCAUUGAGGAUGAUGGUACAUCUCCAGGAGUACCUUUUAUCAUACUGUAUUGUAUCAUUUGUACCUGUACCUAUGUAUACAUAAAUAUGUAAAUCAUGUAGAGUAUAUUUUAAGGGUUGGAGCAGGUAAUAUCACAAUAGAUGGAGGCAUGGAAGCUGUGUAUUGAAAAAAAAAAUUACCCACAAUUGGCUGUUUCAUAUUCAUGAGGAUAAGUUUAACAAUGCAAUGCAAGUAAGUUGAAAAAGUGUUGUGGUGGCUUUAUACAAAAUCAUUUAAAAUAAAAAGACAGCAAUAAUAGUAAAAAAAAAUAAAAAUAAAAAAACGAUGCGGUCUAAAUAAUUUUCUUUUCUCUCGCUUUGUGCAUUACAUCACGAUUCUUAUACAGGCAAGUGCACUGGGCGUCCCGGAUUCAGCCAUCAAUUUCCCGGGACUUUCCUAGCGUAAUGUAUAUCCUUAUAAAUAAUUUGCAAACAAAAACAGCCACCAAACAGAAUAUAUAGCCUUCUCGCUGCCCACGCUAGCACUGCAUACAAAAGGUUCCCGGUUAGCGCACUCGAGCAAAAACUAACCGAGUUACUUACCCCAGACCGACGCAUAUUAAUGACAAAUCAGCUGGGGGAACGAAAUCUCUCUGUUAACAUAAGAUUCCGUGCGAUUUGUCAAGGGGAUGAAUAUUUAUGUUAGUUCAUCAGCCAUUAUUUCGCUUGUGUCAUGCCAAGGGAGUGGAGGUUAGCCUAGGAUGGGAGCUGCGGCAAGGGAUACACGCAUUUUUAGGAAAAAUAUAUAUUUGUCAGCUCUUUUUUACUAUAUAAUCCUCAUUCGGUUACACGUUGGCGAGACCUGGUAACGAUUCGAAAUAUAAUGAUCAAAUUAUACACAUGCAGUUGCAUUUGCAUCAAGUUUGUAUAUCAUAAAUGGAAGCAAACUGCUCAUACUUCUAUUUAAACCGUUAGUAUCACUUAGAGUACUUUGUUCAUCAUUUUUAUUACUUUUUUGUGAGUGACAGCAAUAGCCUGAUGCUGGACGAUAGCAUAUCACAAAACUCCACCUCCUCUCACGUGUAGCUGUCAGAUAGGAAUGCGCUGAAAUCUGUUAUUAUAUCUAAUUUGUCUUGUUUAUACGGCGAUGUUAUCUGGUCAUGAUGUCGACUCGAGCGUGCGUAACCUUCCCCCUCCCCCCUCUACUCUUCUUUUCUCUCUCUCUGUCUCUUUCUCUUUCUAUUCAUUUUUCUUUUUGUCUUGCGUACUGUAGCAUUCCUUCUCUUUCUCUUCAUUUCAUUCUCUUUCUUUUCCAUCUUUCUCCCUCUUCAUUCCAGUAUCCUUCUUCCCCCGAUCUAUCUCUCUUCA